UGGUUAUCAAAGUCGCGGCAGCAUGGGACGACUGGCCAGCAAGCGCAAGCUCAAGCAGUGCGAUCCAUUCUUCAAGGGCAAAAAGACGGCCGGCGCCGACGAAUCCAAGUAUGACUUAGCGCCGACUCUGUCGAAACGAAAGAAGAAAAAGCUCAACAAGGAAGUGGACCAAGCGGCAAUCGAUCGUUUCGUGCUUGGUGGUACGUCCACGACGGAAAGUGGCGGCGGCAAGAAGAAGAACCGCGGCGCACUGGCGAACGUGGAGGGCCGUCGCCCUGGAGAGACCAUGCGUGCCUUCAACCACCGUAUGGGAACGGAGGUGAAGCGCGUGCUUGCCCAAGAGACCAAGAAGACGCAGAGGACGACGAUAAAGCGCAAAUCGUUUUUGGAGUCCAAGAAGGAAAAGGGCCGACGAAAAAGGAUGACAGAACAAGAGCGAUACGAGCUUGAGUUUCAAGAAACAGGGUCUACCAAGAAGGACAGCUUUGAGGGUGCCGAGCGGAUACGAUUUGGCGAACGCUACGAUGCUCCGCCCAUCCUGCCAGUCUUGAAAGGCACGCUCAAGCGGAAGGCCGAGACUGCCGCGGCCAACAGGGCCAAAAAGUAAACCUUUCCAUGAAUACGAUGGAUUGGCCCCUUCAGAAUAUGCGCAUGAGUUGUUCGGCUUCCUCCUGAGGCAAUCUUCGUUGAGCAGGAUCGGAGAGCAGUGUAGCAAAAACCUACGAUAAUGGAGGACGUUGAAUCGAGCA